AUGGAUGAGAGCAUUACUUGUAACGAGGGGUACGUAGAUCUCAGUGAUGGCCUUCCAGAGGACACGGGGAAGAGCAAACAGAUAAAUACAAGGCCUUCGAAACGAAAGGCUGGCAAGCAGGGCAAUUCGUGUCUUAGCAUACGGCCACUCAAGCAUCGGCCGAACAAUAAUACGAGGUUAAGACCUCUGGCUCCAAACAAAGUGAAUCGCAAGGAUGUCCCUAAUGAACAAGGAGACAAUCAUUUAGAACGUCAGGAAAUCGAUCAUAUAUGUUCUGGUCACGCAAGCUCUCGUCGAGCAUCAUUGCCGGAUAGCCUGGUCUUCUCAGCAAAUAUGGCACAUUCAAUACCAGACUUUUCACCAGAGAACAACAGAAACUCAAGCACUAUUGUUGGACUUCCAACGAGCUCUCAAUUAUACGCUGAUAUGCGUGGCUCAGUACAGCACAUCAAGACGGAAAUGAAACUGGAGCAUCCAGUUUCAGGGCUCCAGACAAGUCAAGAUACGAGCAAUUUGAUGAAAAGACCAGCCGAAGGCAGUAGUGCCCCCCAGAAGAAAAGCCGGAAGACCAAAAGUCACAACGAUGUUGAGGAUUCAGACCGUGAUCGCGAUUAUUAUUCUGGCAGUGGUGAGGUUGAGAAAAAGAAAGAAGAGACAUUCGCUUGUCCGUUUUACAGAAAGGAUCCAGUUCGCUUUCUUGAGUGCAUAAAUGUCAGAAUGGUCACUAUAUCGAUUGUCAAGCAACACCUAAAGAGACGGCAUGCAGCAAACUCACAUUGCUCCGCCUGCAAACGGGGGUUUCCUUCCCCAAAGCUGCUUGAGGAUCAUCUACAGGCAGGGUGCUGUUCUCGCAGUAUAAUAGAUAGCUCUGAUACUAUACCUCCUCACAUUUUGGAGGCUCUCAAGCUCCGUUCUGACAGACGGAUAUCAUCAGCGGCUCAGUGGCGCGACAUCUGGGUGCUUCUUUUUGGGACAUCCGAUACUCCACCUAAGCCGUUUCUAGAUGGUAUUGCCAAAGAGAUGACGGGAAUAAUCCGAAAUAUCUGGAAUCAAGACGGAAGCCAAAUUGUGUCCAGGUAUGUUCGAGAGCGAGGGUUACCAGCUACCCCAGGACAACUGUUAUCUUUACUACCAGAGCUUCUCGAUAAAGUUGAGGAUCGAUUCGAAAACAAGCCGCUCAAAAACGAGUCUGAUGAACAGCUUCAAGGGCCUCUGACAGAAACCAACACAAGAGCAAGAGAUGACUCUUACCAGGGACCUACAACUCUUGCCGACUACCCUUAUAGUCCAUAUUACACGUCAGAUUUUGACUCUAUGCCGACCUCAGCUUUCCUACCCAGCCAACUUCUAAAGUCAAUGUCCGUGGCUAGCUACCACUGUGAUCCCUCAUCAGUUGAGGAAGCGUUCGAACCAGAGCAGACCGACUCUGAGUGGGCCACUACUAGCUUGUCAGCACAUACAGGGCCAUUGAUUUGUAUGACAGCAUUUGACCCUACUCAUCAUCCGUAUGAUAUCUUCCAGCAAGGUCCUUUAUCACAGACAGCUGGAACAGAUAUCUAUCAAGAUUGGCCUGGGCUCUCUGAUGACCACUCUCUGAACUUCUUAGAGGAGUAA